GCGGAAUCGUGGAUGCGCUUUGUUGAGGAAUCCUACAAUAGGACGAAACGGUCGUUCAGUGUUUUUCAGGUUUUCUAUGGUGACCUAGCUUCAAUUGACUCAUCAUUUCAACUAAUAAAAAUAUCAAUUUUACUUUACAAAUUCAUUUUAUAUCAUUAAAACAACUAAAAAAUCUAAUUGGUUAAUCUUAGGAUACGGCCGAUCAUAAAUGAUCCAAUCAUAAUUAUUAAAAAUAGAUAAAAAAAAUUUUAACCAAUCAAAUUCAUAGAAUUUCAUAAUUUUCCAAAUUCAUAUUAUUCAUUUACUGAUUGGUUUAUUUUGUCCGAAAGUUUUUCAUUUUUUGUUUGUUUUUUUUUGUUGUUUUGUUUACUUUUUUUUUGUUUUUAUUACUUUACAUAAAACCCGCAUUUAAUCACUAUCUUAAUAGUGUAUAACAUAUUUCUUUUGAAUAUUUGGUCAAAUCAUUAGAAUUUUUUCGUUUGUUCUUUUUUUCUUCUUGUACUUCAUCUUCAUUGUUUUCAAUAUUUGAAUUAACAGAAAUGUUGAAUUCGAAUAAAUUUUCAUCAGAAAAACCUAUAAACAUGUCUGAAACUUGGAAUUGGGCAAAUUAUGAUAUUCAUUUAAAUAAUCAUAAUCAUAAUCAUAAUGGUAAUAGUGUCAGUAGUACAUUAACUCCACAAUGGAAUUCCAAUCUACCCGCAUAUAUAGAUCAGACAACUUUGAAUAAUUCAUCUAUUAAUAUCAUUAAUCCAACUACUCUGUCAACUAUAAACAAUAAUGUAUUGAAUCAUACUACUACUACUACUACUAAUAAUAAUAAUAAUAAUAAUACAAAUCUGUACAAACCCGCAUAUUCAACUAAAUUGUAUCAUACAUAUCAGGGUGAUCUUGAACAGAAUAAAUGUUUAAAUGAUUUCCCUAAUACAAAUCAAAUACAUUUACCAUCAAUUGAAUCUGUUAGACGAUUAACACAUCAUGAUCAUAAUCUCAAUGAUUUAAAUAAUAAUGAAUUAUACUCAACAUGUUUCUAUGAUGAUAAUAAUAAUCCUAAUUAUAAUCAUAAUAUUGAACAAUAUGAAAUAGAUUUACAAAAAUUACCUAAAAAUAAUUAUAAUGAUUAUUUUAUAAAUUCUGAAAGAAAUAAUAGUAAUCAUAUUGAUCGAAUUAUUGAUUAUUUCCCAGUAAUCAAUACUGAUACGAAUUAUUUAGUAAGUUCAACACCUAAUUCAUUGAUUCAUUUAAAUCAAAUUGAUCAAUAUACCCUAGUAACAUAUAAUGAAGUGAAAGGGAAUGAUAACAGUUCCAAUAUAGACCAUAGCAACAACCAUAACAAUAAUAAUAAUAAUAUAAUUAAUGAAUCCAAAGAAAAUUCCAGUUUAAUUAUUCAACAACAUUUAUGGGAUAUAAAAGAUUUAAAAUUACCAAAAGUUAAUUAUUAUGAUUCGUAUGAAUUAUGGCCAACUGGACAUUGUAGACGUGUUUAUGCUCAAACAUGUGAACGUGCACGUCGACAUCAAAGUGGUUGGGCUAUGCGUAAUACAAAUAAUCAUAAUCCUCAAGUAUUAAAAAAAUCAUGUCUUGGUGUAUUAGAAUGUUCAAUGAAUUGUAUGGUACAAGGUAAACCAUUAAGUUUACGUCCAGCUAUAUGUGAUAAAGCAAGAAAGAAACAAUGUAAUCGUGAAUGUAUUACACCUGGUUGUAAAGGUCGUUUAAUUCUACGUAAUUGUCGUGGUCAUAGCGGUUAUCCUGUAACACAUUUUUGGCGUUUUGCUAAUGGUGCUGUUUAUUUUGAAGCAAAAGGUGAACAUGAUCAUAAUCGUCCAUCAUUGAAAACAUUCGGUUUAUCUGAAUCUGAUACAAUUACCACAAAUACUACUACAAACACAAUAACUUCUAAUGUUACAACAACAACAACUAUUACUACUACUCCUAAUACUGUGGAUAAACUAGUUACAGGAAUAACAACAUCAGUAUCACCGGAUCUCAAUAGAAAAUUGAAUCAUCUUACUAAUAAUAACAACAAUAAUAUUCAAUAUAUUCAUAAUCAAAAUCCUCAUCUUCAUGACCAGUUGCCACAACAACAACAACAACAACAACAACAACAACAGGGAUGUCAUGACUAUCGAUUUCUUCCACAAUAUGAACAAUCAUUAAUCGAUCAACAGAGUGUAACAUUAUCAAAUGAAUUUUGUAAUUAUUAUAAUUAUCAAUCAUUAAAUCAUACACAAUUAGAUAAUUCACAUUUAUUAUCAUUAAAUAAAACAAAACAUUUAAGUAAACGUGUUACAAAUAGAAAAGGAAUACGUCGUGAAAAAAAGUUAACAAAUACACAUUUAAAAAAACAACAAAAAUGUGAAAAUUAUUACAAAAAAUUAUCUAAUGAACCUAAUUGUACAUCCGGUGAAAUAAAAAGAAAUCGAAAAAUUCAACACAAUACAAGAUCAGAUCAAAUUAACAAAUUUAAAAUCCCUAUUAAACCUGAUAAAAAUGAUCACGAUCAAAUUUUCUAUGAUGAUCCAUUUCAUGAUGACACAAUCCAUAAUUGUUAUGCAAUAAAUAUCACUAAUAAGUAUAUUAAUAAUCAUAACAAUGAUAAUUUAUGGAAUCAUGAAACGAUAAGUCGAAUUGAUUCAAGCUUGAAUCAAUCUAUUGAAAAAGAACAGUACAAUACCAUUGAGAUUAAUACAAUGAAUUAUCCUUAUUAUUCUGAUCCACUUUUUACAACUACAUCAUUAUCAUCAUCAUCAUCAUCAUCAUCAUCACCAUCAUCAUCAGUAACCAUAACAACAGUGAAUCAACAUCAUUCAUCAUUACCAUUUUGGAAUUGUAUACAAGAUUUAGAUAGUUAUUUAUCAACUAAUUAUAAUUAUAUGACAAAUACUAUCAUCUCUACUAUGUAUUCAUCAUCUAAUUGGUCAUUAUCAUCAUGUGUAUUAUCAAAUUCAUCAUUAUCAUCUUCAUCUAUUUAUUCCACUUGUACUACUUGUUCAUUAUCAUUAUCAUCAUUGCCUAUAUGUACUACAAAUAUAUCUACAUCAUUAAAUAAACAAAUUGAUCUAAAUUCUAUUGAAGGUAUUCAAUGUUGUAAUCCUUUAACAGAAUCUUAUCAUCAAUUAAUAAAUACAUCAAAUUUAAAUUGUAAUGAAUCAUAUAUUAUAUCAUCUUCAUAUAAUGAAUAUUCUCAAAGUGUAUUUAUCAAUUCAAUGUACCGUGAAAAUGAACAGAGUAAUCCAGUACAGUUUAAUAAUAAUAAUAAUAAUAAUAAUAAUAAUAAUAAUAAUAUAAAUGAAGAAAUUUAUCAUUCUACACCACAACAACCAAUAUAUACAGAUGAUUAUUAUCAUUAUCAUUAUUAUUACUAUUAUUAUUAUUCUAAUCCAUGUAUAUCAAUAUCAGAUCAAAUAAUUUUACAUGAUCCUAUCACUACUACUAGUACUAUUACAAAUAGUAGUAUUAGUAGUGUUAAUACUGAUACUAAUACUACUUAUUCUAUAAAAUCUAUCAAUAAUUAUUCUAUAGAAAGUCUCAAUUCAAAUCAUCGACAACCUUAUCAUCAUCAUCAUGAUCAUCAUCAUCAACAACCGACCGUUCAAUGGUCAACGAAUGAUAUUCUUGAUCACCGGACAGAAGACAGAUUCAAUCAAAGUAUGGAAUUUAUGAAUCAAGAUGAGUAUGAUAUUGAGAAAUCAUUCAAUUAUUAUCAUUUUAUAUUAAAUUCAAAUAUGCAUCAACCAAUUGAUAUGAAUUGUUCUAAUGAAUCAGAUAAAUAUGAAAUAAUGCAAGAGAUUAACAAUGUACAUGAAAAUAUUAAUGAAAACAGUUUACAUGAUAAAGAAGAAGAAGAAGAAGAUGAUGAUGAUGACGAAGAAGAAGAAGGAGAAGAACAAGUAGAAGAUGCUCAAUACAAUCAUCCACCACCACCUCCUCCUCCUCAUCAUCAUCAUCAUCACGAACAACAAAAUGACGAAUUCACUUUUAGUCAAAAUCUAUUGGAAGAAACAACCAACUGGUCCUAUCCAUAUUUACACAAUUCUUCAUUAUUACCAUCAUCAUCAUCGUCGUCAUCAUCAUCAUCAUCAUCAUCAUCAUCAUCAUCAAAGGAACAAAUCAGUCAGUUAGAACAAGAUAUCACGAUAGACAAUGAUAAGCAUCAUAAUUUCGAAGAAUGUUUACCUAGAACUAAUAAUACUUCUAUUACUACUCCUACUACUAACAAUAAUACUACUUGUAAUGAUAAUAAUAAUAAUAAUAUUAUUAUUACUACUGAUAAUAGUAAUAGUAAUGAUCAUAGUUUCCCCUGUGAAAUUUAUAGCUACGAUAACUCAUUUAAUUAUUUCAUUGUUAAUGAACCGGUAAAUAUAACAACAGUUGAUCAAUUAUUGAUCAGUAAUUCACAUUAUUGA